AUGGCGCACCAGUCGAAAAAACGACCGUUUUCAUCGACCGUUGCACCCAACACUCCCAAGAUUCCAGAACACAUCGUCAACGAACUUAAACCAGUUGUAGACAUUCAACGUGAAAGUUUACCGGAAUCUCCAUUGGAGAAUCUCAAAAAGUUUCAAUAUGCGCAUCGGUUUCUUUUGAGCGCAUUGGAUCAAGAGUCGCAAGCUUUACCAAAAUGGCUGUGGCAACAAACGCCCCCUGCAGAAUUGAGCAAUCAAGAACACAAGCUGUGGAAAAUGAUUUGUUUUUCGCUGACCAGCUUUGUGGACAACUGUACCGAGACAACAUUGGGAACAACUUCAGCUGCAAUGACGCAUAUGGGAAAAGAUUACGAAAGAACAUGGUGGGUGCGUCGAAUUGUUCCGGUAUUUCAGACAUUUGCCAAUCAGACCGGCUUGCUCGCGUUUGACUGGUGCGAGUGUGAAGUGAGGCACCACGCACUGGCAGACGUAGAUCCGGAAUAUUGUCAAACAGGAACACCAUGGUUUGCCGAUGGUCUUGGAUACGAUUGGACCGGCAUGGAGCGAUUAGUUAUGGAAGGCUCCUCGGGACAACACAAGGAAAAAUUACCGAAGACGAUUGAUGAUAGCGUCAAGCAGGUUCAUAACAUGCUCAACAUGCUCAAGGGGAUUGCUAAUACCCAUUUGAACUCAAGUUUCCAAACGUUUUCACAAACGAGGGUAUACGGUAUUCAAACGAUCAGAGCGACAAUUGCAUUAUCUGAGAUGCAGAUGAAUGACCAAGGAAAAUUCGUCCACAGGCAAGCUUUGACAGCAACAAUCCCAACUCGUCACGAAGAACGAAACAAAUGGCUUGGCGUUUUCAAUAUGGUUGCGUAUUUGUUGAUUGCUCUGGAAACACAAGUUGACAAUUUGGCCAUAUUGGAUGACGAACAGGAAGGAAAAAUCAACGUGGAAACGGAAGAAACAGUUCGGGUUAAGCUCUGCCCUGUUAACCCUGUUAUGCAAUAA